AUAUUGUAAAGUAAAUGCUUCAGCAGCAUAUCGAUUGGAGACCGACUGCUGAAAUGACUUCUACCAUGUGGAGAAUGUAUCUAAGUUAAGACAAAUUGGAUCUGGCUUUCGGUUAAUUUCUUUAGCAACCCGUCCCACCUGAUUGUCACGAUGGAGAAAACGACGAAACGAGCGUCUGUCUUCUCCCUCAGCAGACCCAAGUCUACCAAGACUAAAAAAGAGAUCAUGUAUGAACUGAACAAAAAAGUUCCUCUACACAAAUGUACGUUUGAUCGCCAAAAGAGGAGUUGGCUAGGACCAGUCAAACCUCAACAAGCCUUACCCUCACGUUGGGCAAAGGCAAAGGGCGCGGUGUUUUUUUUGGGAAUGAAACCAGCUUCCAGGAGGAGCAUAGACGUUGAUAGUUUGGUGAAGGCAACAAAGUUAUUGAGAUCAUCAAUGAAUACUACAGCUGGAGAAACUAUUUCUGAGGACGACGAGAGUGUUGAGGCUGCCAUUCUCCAUAAACCGGUGAUAUCCAAACCAUUCAAGACUAGUAGUGAAACAAUCUGGUCGUGUCCAAGAUCGCUGAAGCCCGUCAACGAACGAUGCAAGGAUUUUGCGUUUGAGAAAACAAAAGCCAAUCCUAGUGAUAAGCAGCACUCGGCUGCUACCAAUCUACAGGCGGUGUAUCUAAAGAAGCUUCUGGAGGAAAAGGAGAAAGAAAUCAAGUCACUGCAGAACCAGCUUCAUAAGGCAAACAACGAGAACGUAAAGCUCAUCCAGGAGUUAGAGGGGUACAGAGGGAAAAACUACGAUGAAAUGUAUAAAGAGAACAUGACAAACAAAGAUUAUCUGAACCGCGUAUGUCGGGAAAACAUCCUGUUGCGCGGGCAAAUACGGAAGCAAGGAAAUCGUGUGCUACAAAGACUAGGGGAAAAGGAUGUAGAGGAAAAGCAGAAUUUAGAGAAAACUGAACGACUGAGACUGACUAAGUCCGCCAAACCGAGACUGUGUUGAAAUCGUGUUUCUUGACGCGUGACUUUCUUUAUAAGAAAGACAUGCAUUUAUUCAGUAAUAAAUUCUAUGUAAAU